CGCCGUGACACAAGUGACAACCUUUUCUGUUGCCAACACCAUGAGCGCGCCUGCUCGAAUGAAACUGUGCUCUCCGCCCUCUUCGCCGGCGCUGUGUUCGACUUUACAAACGCGCUCAACAAGAUCAGCAUAACCUCCAUUGCAUCCCUCGGAUCCCAAACUCGAUCCAUGAAUACGCCCAACUACAACCACUGUCAGCGACAGAAAACGCUUACAUACUUCGGUCAUCUGAAUGUCGCUAACUUGCUCUGGCCGUGGAACAGUUUUUGUACUAUACAUCCGACCCGUGCAUCACCCGAUUCUAUUGGUAACUAUCUACGAGCAUGGAUAAAGACGCGUUAUGCUGCCUUGGAAUCCACCGGGGUCGCAUUGCAUGCUGCGGGCGGGAGUACUGAAUCCGUCACCUUGGAAUCCACCGGGGUUGCAUUGGAUGCUGUGGACGGAAGCACCGAAUCCGUCGCCUCGCAGAAUGCUUUCCAUUCCCUGCGCAAUCGAGCUUCUUCUCGUUCUCGGAGUACCUUUCAAGAAUCUCAGAGACAAGGCGGGCAGCCACCGUCUUGGCUGCUUCAUCGACAGAGCACGCUGCUUCGUCUGUUUGACCAGCAUCCGAGUCAACCCUCCUUCUUUUCGUCAUAUCUGAAAGCGAGUAGCAGCACACUGCUAGAAAGAAAGAAGAGCGUACGUGGUAGUAAGAGGUCAACGAGGGUCAAGGGCACGUUCCGUCCCCCUUGGUUUAAGCCUCGGUCUUGUCUUCAUGUGAUUCUGACCACUGCUUCUUUGACAACUCAGACUACGUCGCUGGCAGCCAGCCAGCCACUACCAGUCGGCAUGUGACUCACUCCGAGGCUUAAUCCCAUGGACCCAACACCUCUCUCCCCAGGCGCUCGAAUCCGAUCCCGUC